AUGCGAUUUUCGAUCUCGGGGUUGUUCUUCGUGGUGGUGUCGGCCAUGGUGGCCCGGGCAUCGCCUGUCCAAACCGCUGUGCCCCAGCCUGGAGUGUUCCCGCGGGAUACCACCCCCACUACGGCAAACCCAGAGACAACCACCACAGCGACCACCACCACAGCCACAGGCUUCCAAUUGACCUUGAGCUUGGAUUUGCCCUCCGACACGUGUACGCCCACCAUCAAGCCCGACAAGUAUGGCUGGGUACCGCCCUCGGAGUGCGACGCCUUGUACCUCUACUACCCAUCUUUUGGAGCCGCGGUCGCUGCCGCUGUAAUUUUCGGGCUCCUCUUCAUGACCCAUUUUGUGCAAGCGACUAUGUACAAGGCGGGCUUUGCCUGGGUCGUCCUCAUGGGUGUCUCGUGGGAGACUGUAGCUUACGCGGUCCGCGCCUUCAGCACUCGCAAUCAGCAGGAUGACACUGUUGUGACCGUCGCCCAGAUGUUUAUUCUUUUGGCUCCAUUAUGGGUCAAUGCAUUCGACUACAUGGUCCUGGCAAGGAUGAUCCAUUUCUUCCUUCCCGAGCGUCGCAUCGGCAUGUUCAAACCCUCCUUGCUAGCCAAGUCCUUUGUCUUGCUCGACUUCGUGUCCUUUGUUAUUCAAAUUAUCGGUGGCUUUAUGGCCAAUGGUACAGGCCAGCAGCAAAUGAACGGCAUCCACGUCUACAUGGGCGGCAUCGGCAUCCAGGAGUUCUUCAUCGUAUGCUUUUUGGUACUGGCCGUGCAAUUCCACCGGUUGAUGCUGCAGCUGGAGCGGUCCGGCCGACUGUCUGUGGAGAAGCAGAACUGGCGUGGACUGCUCUACGCCCUAUAUGGAAGUCUAGCCGCUAUUACGAUGCGCAUCAUCUACCGCUUGGUUGAAUUUUCCUCUGGCUACGGGGAGUCAAAUCCCAUCCCAUACCAUGAAUGGUAUAUGUAUGUGUUUGAUGGUAUUCCCAUGGCCUUAGCUAUCGUCGUCUGGAACUUUGCGCCGCCGGGCGCCGUGUUACAGGGUCCGGAUGCGGAAAUGCCCUCCAGUGGCAUCGGCAAGUGGCUCUGCUGUAACGGCUGUGCCUGUUGCUGUCGAAGCUGCCGGAAAGGUGGCAAGGGAAAGAAGGAUAUGCAGCGACUACCUGAUAACGACAUAUAUGACGACGAUGUGCCACUCCACAGCCGAGAACCAUCCCCCUACCGCGAUUCACGAUACAAUACCCGUCGCUGA